GGCUAGAGCCAAUCAGUAGCCGGGCACGUUUAAAGGUAUUUAUAACAGGGAGAUUUGAAUUUAAACAAUUAGCUAUCGACUCGCUGUGAAGGACCUUGCCUCUGUGGUGGGAGUUAGCAGAAAAUCGGAAGGAAAAAAGAAAAGAAACUUGGGGUCUUUUACACACAAUUCGGGGGUUGCAAUGCAUGCCACCAAAGCACGCCAUCUAACUGAAAAUGUUAAGCCGAGCAGCGAGGGCCCGAGGCGGGUUCCCGUGUCUCUGGCGGCCCAGAGCCCGGCGGUACCGCAGCCCCCCCGCGUCCUAGGCCUGAGCAACGGCCCCCAGCGCGUGCAGAGGCCGACGAGCCCGCAGAAAGGUCUGCCCCACGGCCACCGCAGCCAAUCCGCAAAGAGCUCUGCUCCCGGAGCCCCGCCUACGCGUGCGGAGACCAGCGCCGCUGCCCCAGACGCCGGCGAGAAACCCAGAGCCACAGAAGCCUCAGGAUCAAAGAAGUGCUGGAGUCUGGAUAACUUUGACAUCGGCCGGCCGCUCGGGAAGGGGAAGUUUGGGAACGUGUACCUGGCGCGGGAGCGGCAGACCAAGUUCAUCCUGGCGCUGAAGGUGCUCUUCAAGAAGCAGCUGGAGAAGGCCGGGGUGGAGCACCAGCUCCGCCGGGAAGUGGAGAUCCAGUCUCACCUCAGGCACCCCAACAUCCUGCGGCUGUACGGGUACUUCCACGACGCGUCGCGCGUGUACCUGAUCCUGGAGUUCGCCCCGCGAGGCGAGCUGUACAGCGAGCUGCAGCGCUGCGGCCGAUUCGACGACAGCCGCAGCGCCACGUACAUCAUGGAGUUGGCGGAUGCGCUGCAUUACUGCCACACUAAGAAGGUGAUCCACAGAGACAUCAAGCCUGAGAACCUGCUGCUGGGCUCGGGAGGGGAGCUGAAGAUCGCAGACUUCGGCUGGUCUGUCCACACCCCGUCCUCCAGGAGGUCCACCCUGUGCGGCACGCUGGACUACCUGCCCCCCGAGAUGAUCGAGGGCCGCACGCACGAUGAGAAGGUGGACCUGUGGAGUCUGGGCGUGCUGGCCUACGAGUUCCUGGUGGGGAAACCACCGUUUGAGACCAAGAGUCACGAGGAGACCUACCGCAAGAUCUCCAGGGUGGAGUUCAGUUACCCCGCCCACAUGAGCACAGAGAGCAGGGACCUGAUUGGCCAGCUGCUGAAGCACAACCCCCUGCACAGGCUACCCGUCCUGGGCGUGCUCCAGCACCCCUGGAUCGUCCAGCACUCCACCAAACAGCCCACCUCCACCUCCGCCUCGCCCGGCCCCUGAGGGGCCACACGGCCAACCCGGCCCCUGAGGGGCCACACGCCCGGGCCACACGCCCAACCCACACCGCAGCGCUCUGACGGGGGAAGGGCGCGCGUUUGGACCGUUUUUAAUUCUUGUGACCGUGUUCCAUCACCUGCCACAAGGACCUGUGCAAUGCCAGAGGGACGUCUCGCGGGAGGGACUGUGUGGCUGCUUGCCACUUUGUAAAUACUUGAAAAUUAAAAUUAUGAAAGCUAUUUUUUAAAGAUAAUUUUUAAUCGUAAUUGAAACCAGUAAUAACGUGAACAGGGAACAUUUAAAAAAAUGUUUUAUUAAGUUGUUUUUGUUUUUUCAGGUUAAUGUUGCCUGGUGUAAAUUAGUUUGUACAAAUGUUAAUGUUAGCCCAUAUUCAAAUACUCAUUUCCUGGGUGUCAUUCUCCGAUGACAAUUUCUUCAUAAUUAAAAAUAAAGUUUAAAAUGAAGCUAAA